GUACGUCUGUCACUAAUGUAACAGCUACCGAUGCGGAUGACCCAGUUUAUGGUAACAGUGCAAAGUUGGUUUAUAGUAUCUUGGAAGGACAGCCUUAUUUUUCCAUUGAGCCUGAAACAGCUAUUAUAAAAACUGCCCUUCCCAACAUGGACAGAGAAGCCAAGGAGGAGUACCUGGUUGUUAUCCAAGCCAAAGAUAUGGGUGGACAUUCUGGUGGCCUGUCUGGGACCACAACACUUACAGUGACUCUUACUGAUGUCAAUGACAAUCCUCCAAAAUUUGCACAGAGUCUGUAUCACUUCUCAGUACCAGAAGAUGUGGUUCUUGGCACUGCAAUAGGAAGGGUGAAGGCCAAUGAUCAGGAUAUUGGUGAAAAUGCACAGUCAUCCUAUGACAUCAUUGAUGGAGAUGGAACAACACUCUUUGAAAUCACUUCUGAUGCCCAGGCCCAGGAUGGCAUUAUUAGGCUAAGAAAGCCUCUGGACUUUGAGACCAAAAAAUCCUAUACUCUGAAGGUAGAGGCAGCCAAUGUCCAUAUUGACCCUCGUUUCAGCGGCAGGGGGCCCUUUAAAGAUACGGCAACAGUCAAAAUUGUGGUUGAGGAUGCGGAUGAGCCUCCUGUCUUCUCUUCACCGACUUACCUCCUUGAAGUUCAUGAAAAUGCUGCUCUAAAUUCUGUGAUUGGGCAAGUGACAGCUCGUGACCCUGAUAUCACUUCCAGUCCUAUAAGGUUUUCCAUCGACCGGCACACCGACCUGGAGAGGCAGUUCAACAUUAAUGCAGAUGAUGGGAAGAUAACGCUGGCAACACCGCUUGAUCGAGAAUUAAGUGUAUGGCACAACAUAACAAUCAUUGCUACUGAAAUUAGGAACCACAGUCAGAUAUCACGAGUACCUGUUGCUAUUAAAGUGCUGGAUGUCAAUGACAACGCCCCUGAAUUCGCAUCUGAAUAUGAGGCAUUUUUAUGUGAAAAUGGAAAACCCGGCCAAGUCAUUCAAACAGUAAGCGCUAUGGACAAAGAUGAUCCCAAAAAUGGACAUUAUUUCUUAUACAGUCUUCUUCCAGAAAUGGUCAACAAUCCGAAUUUCACUAUCAAGAAAAAUGAAGAUAAUUCCCUCAGCAUUUUGGCAAAGCAUAAUGGAUUCAACCGCCAGAAGCAAGAAGUCUAUCUUUUACCAAUCAUAAUCAGUGAUAGUGGGAAUCCCCCACUGAGCAGCACCAGCACCCUGACCAUCCGGGUCUGUGGCUGCAGCAAUGAUGGUGUUGUCCAGUCUUGUAAUGUUGAAGCUUAUGUCCUUCCGAUUGGACUCAGUAUGGGCGCCUUAAUUGCCAUAUUAGCAUGCAUCAUUUUGCUGCUAGUCAUUGUGGUGCUGUUUGUAACUCUCCGGCGACAUAAAAAUGAGCCAUUAAUUAUCAAAGAUGAUGAAGACGUUCGAGAAAACAUUAUUCGCUACGAUGACGAAGGAGGUGGAGAAGAGGACACAGAGGCUUUUGACAUUGCAACUUUACAAAACCCAGAUGGAAUUAAUGGAUUUUUACCCCAUUACGGAAGAGGGUUGCUAGGAGAAAUAUCACAAGAUGCUGUCUGAAGAGAAAGACUGUGGAAAACAAUGGCUUCAAUGAACUCAGAGGCCAGGACCACAAAAGGAAAUGAGAGGUCACUAAAGGCAAAUUUUAAUUUCUUCAGAUUUCUUUUGUACAUACAAAGAUCUCCAGGGCCAUUCUAUGAUUUCUCAUAAAUAUGAGCAAGACUUCAACAACUAUGUUCUAAGACUGAACACAGCAAUUUAGGAGUCAUUGGGAUCGCUUCCCCUUUCCAAUGUAUGUUUUGCCUUGACUAUAACUUUGUCUAAUACUUUUCUAGGUUUUCUUUAAUUCAAAAUCUAAAGUUUGAGAGCUGUUCCAUAUUUGUCAAGUCUGAUUGUUGAGUAUGUGAAUGGAUGAUUUAGGAUCGAUGUUAGAGCUAUAAAUAACAAUAUUGCAAAUAAACUAAAAAAAAAAAAAAAACCUUUAAGAACUUUAUAAUAAAAGCUUUUUUUCCCCCUAUAAUGUGUUUUAGAUUCUAUGCUAGUGAGAGUGAAAAGAUAUGAGUAACAUGCUUUUCUUGCCUCUCAAGAUGUGGAACCAAACUGGACAAUUGUAGAAGUAAGUAAAUGAUUAAACAUUAGAUAUGGCUAUGCUGUGGAAGCCCUAAGCACACAGUGUUUUGAGAACACAGAGAAAGAAUAUCUAAGCCUGCCAAGACACAGUAUCCUGCUGGAGGCUGUGUUAGCAUGAGUGCUGGAGGCAGUAUACUGUUAAACUUAGAAUAUUAGAGGAUACGGCCAGACUAAAUCCAGCUGCCUGAGAAAGAAUAGCGAUUUUGAGGUGGGGGACCUCUCAAUGAACUCCACUGCUAGUGCAUCUCACCAUAUGAAAUUCUACAUGUCACAAAAUUUUCAGCACCCUUACUUAUUUAGCAAAUAUGUACUGAGGAUUUUCUAUUAAUUUAGGUGCUAGGAAUAUAACAGUGUAUAGGACAGGAGUGGUCUGU